CGCAGCCCCAGGAGGGUGCCUGCUUCCCCCGCAGUCCCCCCUCCUGGGGCUCUCGAGGCUCUCCGGCCCAUCUUGGAAGCUGUGAGAAAAGAAGAAACUUCUCCCCUAACCGGAGUGCGCUGCGGCGACUUCCGGUGUGGACCAGCACGCCCGGCCAACAGGCAUUUCAGCUGUCCAAGGACAAGUGCACAAGUAUAUAAUGUAACAGAAAAAGAUCAGAAAACACUAAACAAAAAGAACUGAGGAGCAUUUCAAGCACAAUGAACCUCUCUGGAAGCAGUUGUGGAAGCCCUAAUUCUGCAGAUAUAUCUAAUGACUUCAAAGAUUUGUGGACUAAACUAAAAGAGUGUCAUGAUAAAGAAGUUCAAGGUUUACAAGUAAAAGUAACCAAACUGAAAAAGGAACGAAUUUUGGAUGCACAAAGACUGGAAGAGUUUUUUACCAAAAACCAGCAGCUGAGAGAACAGCAGAAAGUCCUUCAGGAAACCAUUAAAGUUUUAGAAGAUCGGUUAAGAGCAGGACUGUGUGAUCGCUGUGCAGUAACAGAAGAACAUAUGCGGAAAAAACAGCAAGAAUUUGAAAAUAUUCGGCAGCAGAAUCUUAAACUUAUUACAGAGCUUAUGAAUGAAAAGAAUACUCUACAGGAAGAAAAUAAAAAGCUUUCUGAACAGCUACAACAAAAAAUUGAGAAUGAGCAACAGCAUUCAUCAGCCGAGCUUGAAUAUGAGGAAUGUGUUAUUCCAGAUUCACCUAUAACAGCCUUUUUGUUUCCUGGCAUUAACCGACUACGAAAAAAAGAGAAUUUGCAUGUCCGAUACACAGAACAGGCACAUACUAAAGUGGAACACUCUGUGGGGACAAGUGACUUAAGGAAAGCUUCCAAGCCUUCAGCUCACCCACAACAUAAUCCUAAUGAGAAUGAAAUCCUUGUUGCUGAUUCUUGUGAUCAAAGUCAGCCUCCAGUGGCUAAAACACAUGGAGCGAGCAAUUAUCCAACUGAUAACUCGUCGUUUAACUUAGCUACAGUUGUUGCUGAAACACUUGGACUUGAUGUUCAAGAAGACUCUGAAUCUCAAGGUCACAUGAGCCCUGUUGCUGAUGAGCUUUACCUCUGUCUGGAAGGAGAUCACAAGAAACAGACUUUUGAGGAAUCUUCGGGAAAUAGUGAAGAUCACCUAAGGUUUUCAGAUUCUACUUCAAAGACUGCUUCCCAAGAAGAAUUGUCUACUCGGGUGUCAUCUCCUGUUUUUGGCGCUACCUCUAAUGUGAAAACUAAUUUAAGUUUAAAUACAAGUCUAUCCCCUUCUCUUUUAGAGACUGGGAAAAAAACCCAUCUGAAAAUGGCCCCUUUUAACAGUGCUUGUGUUCCAAGACCAGAGAAAACUAGAUCAAAAUCUGAAGAAAGUGUCCUUGUCACGCAUCAUAGCCUCGGGUCUGAAGUGACCAAGGUCAUUAACCAGCCCUCUGCUAACAAGCAGAUACUUUUAAACAAAAAUGUAGGUGAAUCCACCGGUGAACAGGAUAACACGCAUCAAUUUAAAGAUUCUGUUGCUGAUAAACCUUUGGUGCGCUUGAAAUCACUGGGAGGCAGAGCACCCAAAAGGAAGAAAAUUGAGGAGGAAAAUGAACAUGAAGUCAGCUGCCCCCCAGCCUGUUUUGAUAAAGAAAAUGCUUUUCCUUUUCCAAUGGAUAGUCAGCUUUCCUUCAACGGGGACUAUGUGAUGGAUAAACCCCUGGAUCUGUCAGAUCGGUUUUCAGCUAUUCAUCGUCAAGAGCGAAGCCAAGGAAAUGAGACUUCUAAAAACAGACUGCGACAAGUGACUCUGUAUGAGGCCUUGAAGCCCAUCCCAAAGGGCUCCUCCUCCAGCUGCAAGCCUUUGGGUGGGAGUUCCGGGGGAUCCAAAGACUCCCCAGAAGAGUCCUGUUCACAGGAGUGCAGCCUCCAGUCCGUGGGUGACUCUUCUCCAGACCAUAAAACACCAUUACAGGUCAAAGGAGAAAAUCCUGUCUUCAAAAUUCCUCCACGUCCACGUGAAAGUUUAGAAACAGAAAAUGUUUUCGAUGACAUGAAGGGUGCAGGUUCUCAUGAGCCAAUAAGAAUAAAAAAUAGGUCCGUCCAAGGAGGAUGUGAACUUGCGUCAGUUCUUCAGUUAAAUCCGUGCAGAAUUGCUAAAGCAAAGCCUCUGCAGAAUCACCAAGAUGUAUCCUUUGAAAACAUCCAGUGGAGUAUAGAUCCAGGAGCAGAGCUUUCUCAGUAUAAAAUGGAUAUUACUGUUAUCGAUACAAAGGAUGGCAGUGAGCCGAGAUUAGGAGGUGAAACAGUAGACAUGGACUGUACGUUGGUUAGUGAAAGUAUACUUUUAAAAAUGAAGAAGCAAGAGCAGCAGGGAGGAAAAAGUCCAAAUGGAGAAAGAAACAUGAAUGAUAGCUUGGAAGAUAUGUUUGAUCGGACAGCACAUGAAGAGUACGAGUCUUGUUUGGCAGCUAGUUCCCCGCAGAUAGCUGAAGAGGAAGAGGAGUUGCCUGUGACUAAAAGGAAACCGAACGGUCAUGAUGAUAAACAAGACAAAAUUAAACAGAAAGCAUAUGUGGAGCCCUAUUGUAAAGAUGAUAGAGAAACUGGCUUACCAAAUUUUCCUCAUAUUGAGGUGGUUCGUAAAAAAGAUGAGAGAAGAAAAUUGCUUGGGCACACUUGUAAAGAGUGUGAAAUUUAUUAUUCAGAUUUGCCCCCGGAAGAAAGAGAAAAGAAGUUGGCUUCCUGCUCAAGACACCGAUUUCGUUACAUUCCACCCAGCACACCAGAGAAUUUCUGGGAAGUUGGUUUUCCUUCCACUCAAACUUGUAUGGAACGAGGUUACAUCAAGGAAGAGCUUGAUCCCUGUCCUCGUCCCAAGAGACGGCAGCCUUACAACGUAAUGUUUUCUCCAAAGGGCAAAGAGCAGAAGACAUAGAUGUUGUUGAAACGAAAAUAGACUAGAGGACAUUUUUUGCUUUGUAGUUAUUUAUAGUUGGUAUUAAACAUUGAUUUUUUUGAUCUCCUA